GUUGGAGGAGUACACUUAAUCACUGAUGUUUCGGGGAAUUCAAAAAAGCCCACUCUGUAUGCCACUGCAUUGAUGGCACAUCUACUUACAGACGAAGAAAUGAAAGAUGGAAGUGUUGAGCCCAAAGAGAGUACAAGAAAAAUAGCUCUGGUUCAAGCAAAAGUAAAUUAAUUAAAAGUAAGUAUCUUAUGUAGUUUACUGUCAGUUUAUAAUAAUAAUAAUAAUAAUGAUAAUCAUAAUAAUAAUAAUAAUAAUAAUUAAUUAUUAAUACAUACAUACUGAGAUAAACUCACUAGCUUUGAGGUCAUAAAUUUUCACACAGAUGAGUUUGAGCCAAUCGGCGAACAAUGUUUUUCAUCAACAAAACUUCACUAUGUGUAGCCACAAGUUUUAUCAUUUUUAGCAUUUUGGAACUAAGAUUUGAAAUUAAAAACUAGACAAAUGAUGAAUCCCUCCGUAAAUAUUGAUAAUAAUAAUAAUAUAAUGAUAAAGACAUUUGCAUACUCAUUCACUUAAUACCUUGAUCUUCAUUUGACCUGCAAUCCCUUAAGUUGCUGAGAGAAUAUUGAUCAAUUAGUCAACCUUUAAACUUGAAGAGUUAAGAUACACAUCAAUGAACAAAGAGUUUCUUGUCUGUUCUCAUUAAAGCCCUGCCUUUUCUUUUUUUUCUCAUUUACAGGAUGUAUCAAGAUCAAGUGAAAAGGUGAAAAGUCAAAAGGUGUAAAAAAAAAGUUGGCAGGAAUUAAGAACCUCAAUGAACCGGAAGUGCCUAGAUAAACUGAAAGUAUUUCGAAGAGCAGCACCUAAUCCUAUGUGA